AUGGUAAUCAUUUCGUCAACACAAUUGUUUUCUUGUUUCGUUUUUCUACAUAUCAUUCCGAGUUUCCAUUGUCUUACAUCAGCUGAUAUUUAUAGUCCUUGCAAAAGACCACCAGCUUUAGGUGUUGAAUCCGGUAGAAUUUCAAAUUCGGCUUUUUUUGCUUCAUCUUUUGUAGAAGGUCGAGAACCUUUUACUGCUCGGUUAAAUGGCCGUUAUGCUUGGCGACCUGCUUACAUGGAUGCAGAUCAAUAUUUAUAUGUGGAUCUCGGUGCUCGAUACUAUGUAACGGGAUUUGCAACUCAAGGUCGUCGUGCAGCAAAAGAAUAUGUCACACUAUUUAAUAUCAUGUAUUCUGAUAAUGGUCAUAAUUGGUUUUAUUACACAAGUGAAGAUAAAAUUAUUGUGAAUUUUGCUGGUAAUAAAAAUGAUGAUGGUACUGUAAGAAAUAAUCUCACAGAUCCAAUUAUAGCGCGGUAUAUACGUUUUAAUCCAAGACAAUGGAAUAAUUUUAUUUCAAUGCGUGUUGAAAUCUAUGGUUGUCCAUUUACAUCUUCAUCAUUUAAUUUUGAUGGACAAACAAUUGCUUAUUACGAUGCAACUUUUAUUCCAUUACAUAAUAGACAAGAUGAACUCCGUUUACGUUUUAAAACAAAUUAUCCGAAUGGACUAUUAUUUUAUGCUAAAGGAACACAAAAUAAUGAUUUUUUAAGUGUUGAACUACGCGAUGGAAGUAUAUUUGUUGGAAUAGAUUUGGGUUCAAUUCCAGAACGUUCAGGUGCAACACUAAUUCAAGUCGGCAGUGUACUGGAUGAUUAUCAAUGGCAUGAUUUAGCUAUUAUACGUUAUACGAAAAAUAUUUCGGUAAAAAUUGAUCAAAUAGUUGUACAGGCACAGUCACAAAGUGCAUUUAAUGGAUUAGAUCUCGAUGGAAAACUUUAUGUUGGUGGAGCACCUAAUCAUAUGGAGCGCGGAAUAAAUGUACGACGAAAUUUUCAAGGCUGCUUAGAAAAUGUUCUCUAUGUCAGCCCAUCAACAAAUUCUAUUUUGGAUAUAUUACAAAAUUUAGAACGACAAAAUCCAUUCUAUGGUCUUGAACAAGGAAGACUUAGCUCUGAAGCAAUGUGUGAAGAUGAUUCAAUGAAUAUGCAUCCAUAUACAUUCAAAUCAUUUGAUUCUUAUCUUGAAAUAUUUCGUAAACCGGGUGCAACAUCUAUUGAUCUAAGUUUUCAAAUGCGUACAUUUGAACCAAAUGGAAUUUUAUUUUAUACAAACUUAUCGGAACCAAGGUAUUUAAUAGUUGGUAUCAACGACGUACCUGAUCAAGAUUUUUUACGAUUGUUUCUUGAUGAAGGACAAUUAGCUUGUACUCUACAAUUAGGUGGAAACAAACGAACUGUUCGUCAUCGUCGAGAUAAUUUAAAUGAUGGUCAAUGGCAUGAAAUAAGUAUUCUAUUAACACAAUUUCGUUUCAAUAUAACAGUUGAUUAUGAACCUGAAUUAUCGUUUACACGCAAUAAUUUAUCAACAACUGAUCGAUUUACAUUUAGUUCAAAUGGUGAUCAAUUAAAUCGCGAAACAACCAUGAAUGGUUUUGUUGGUUGUAUAAGACAAUUAGUUAUGAGUGGAAUACAAAUAUUACCAAGAGAUUUAAUAACAAAUCUAACUCUUCUAAGACCAGAUGCAAGUCGACCGAGAACAGGAACUGCUAUUAAUCACGGUGUACUUGUAGAUGCUUGUGAAAUGUUUGACCGUUGUACACCGAAUCCAUGUCGUCAUGGUGGAGUUUGUCAUCAAACUUGGUCAAGAUUUCGUUGUGAUUGUUCGAAAACAGGCUAUAGUGGUGCUGUAUGUCAUAUCAGUGAUAAUCCUUUAUCGUGUCUUGAUUUUAAAUUAAAUCGUAUGAAAUUCGAUGAUACUAUUCCCGAACGGCCAACGAUCAUAGACAUUGAUGGUAGCGGUCCAUUAUCUCCAUUUUCUGUUUUAUGUCGUUAUGGUAGUAAAACCGAAAUUCUUAAUGUAACAGAAAUCGGUCAUUAUCAUGAAUUAGAAAGCUAUGUAUCAAGUGGUUAUCAACUACCGAAUUCAAUUUAUUCGCAAGCAAUAAAUUAUCGUGUACCAUUACCAGAAGUAUUUGCUGUUAUUGAUCGUUCCUAUGUGUGUAAACAAUAUAUUGAAUAUACUUGUUUUAAUUCACGUUUAUUGAACUAUCCAAAUCCAUAUGGUUGGUGGAUUGGCCGCACGAAUCAAACAAUGGACUAUUGGGGUGGAAGUGAAGUUGGAACGGGAAAAUGUUCAUGUGGUUUAGAUAUGACAUGUGCUAAUCCGAAUUUAUUUUGUAACUGUGAUUCACAAGCUGCAGUUGAGCUUAAAGAUGCUGGAUAUUUAACAAGAAAGGAAUUUCUACCUGUACUACGAGUUGAAUUUGGUGAUACCGGACCAGCUGGUUCACCACAAUAUGGUCGAUACCAAGUUGGUCGUCUUACAUGUGAAGGUGAUUUAUUGUAUGAUAAUACAAUAACAUUUCGAAAAGCUGAUGCAAUUAUAACUGCACCACCAUUUGAAGCUAAAGUAGCUGGUGACAUACGUUUUCAAUUUAAAACUGGUUUUGAUUCAGCAACGUUCGGUUCCGCUAUUGUCCUACAAAACGUUGGUUAUGACGAUGGCGAUCUUAUUGAAAUUCGUCUUCAAGCACCACGUGAAAUAGCUUUUCGAUAUAGUGUUGGUCGUGGUACAAAUAUUGUAACUAUUCGUUCGCCAUAUGAUUUUAAUGAUAAUGAAUGGCAUACAGUACAAAUUGAAAUUAACCGACAAGAAGCACGUUUAACAGUUGAUAGUUUAUCAGCUGCUAAUCCAGAAGAUCAAACAACAUUUCGUCAUAUACGUUUAACAUCAAAUUUAACUAUCGGUGCAUCGGUUACGAAUCGGAAUGGUUUUGUUGGUUGUAUACGUGCAUUUCAAGUUAAUGGACAGCUGAUUGAUUUGAAAUCUCAAGCAUUGCGUGGCAUGUAUGGAAUAUCACCUGGAUGUGUUGGCAAAUGUCAAAGUAGUCCCUGUUUAAAUGGUGGACGAUGUAAUGAACGUUGGUCAACGUAUGAUUGUGAUUGUACGUUUACACCGUUUCGUGGACCUAUCUGUUCAACAGAAAUUGGAACACGAUUAGAAGCAAAUACUAUGAUUAAAUAUACUUUUCCAACUGAAGGUGUCACUGCAACUGAAGAAGAAACUAUUCGUGUUUUAUUUACUACAUAUAAAAAACAAGGUAUACUAAUGCAGUUACAAUCAGAUAAAUAUGAUGAAAAAGGGAUGAUCGAUUAUUUUACUCUUGAACUGAAUAAUAACGGUGGUGUACGUGUAAAAUUUAAUUAUGGUUUUGAUACAUUUGAAUAUAAUGUUCCAUAUGAUUUAACAAAUGGACAAGACCACGAAGUUAUUGUAACACGUCGUGAUUACGGUAAACGUAUUAUAAUUAGUGUUGAUAAUUAUGAGCCAGAAGUGGUUGUAUUUACUCAAACACAACAAAUUGAUAUGCAAUUCGAUAGUCCGCGUGUGAUGUAUAUUGGAAGAAAUGAAUCAACACCACCAGAACAAGGUUUUAGUGGCUGUAUUGCACGUUUACAAUUCAAUCGUAUUUUCCCAUUGAAAUAUGCCUUUUUAGAAGAACGUGAUCCAAACAUAACAUUGACUGGUCGAACUAUUCGGGAAUGGCCAUGUGGUACAGAGCCUGUGAAAUAUCUACCUGAACCUGUGGAAAUUCCACCGGAUCGUGGAUUUUCAAUACUUGUAUUACCUCGUCCAAUAUAUUCACAAAAUAUCUACGCAAUUAAUUUGGGUAUUACUUUAGGUGUAGCGGUUUCUGUUGUAAUAUUGAUUGUUAUUGGUGCUGGUUUAUGUUAUCAUAAGUCGCGUAAAAGUGGACAAUAUAAAACAAAAGAAGAUCAAGGCGCUGAUCAAGCUAUUGAUGCUGAUACAGCUAUUAUUAGAGGUGACCCACGUCAUCCGGAUUUAACUGAAGCAAAAGAAUGGUAUUUCUAA